AGAAAAAGAGAGAAAGGGAGAAGGGGAGAGAGGGAGGCCCGGAGAGGAGCGCAGCCCAGGAGCCUCGGCGCUGCCUGAUCAUUAACCCCGCCGGCGGAGGCGGCGGGCCCUGGCUCCCCGGCCUGGCCCUGGCAUGUGAGCGCGGGGCUGCGGGCGCUGCCGGCCCCUCACGGCCCGCGGGCGGCUGUGCGUGCAUUUCCUCGCCGGCACUCACACACACACAUACACACACACGCUUAUACACACACAUACACACACCCCCAGAGCGCGCCUCCGCCCUGACUGCAGACAUGAGGCUCCAGCUGCUGCUUUGGAUCGUGGCUGUGCUCCUGGCGAGCCUCCUCCCAGCCUGCGGACAGCGGCCAGCCAACCUGGCGCUGCGCAGGAAGCUCCACCGGCACGGCUGCUCCCACCGGCGCUGCAUGCCGCUCCACUCCAGGGUGCCCUUCCCCUGAGCCCCGGCGGAGCGCGGCCAGCAACUUCACGCUGGACUUUUCAGUGUUUUAAAGGAGCAACAGUUAAACUGAUAUGAGAAGUUUGUCAAAAGUGCAGAUCAACAACAGGUGACCUGACAGCCACCACAGUGCCAUCUUCAGCAGUCCUGUCUGUCACAUUCUACUGGACCUGGACUAAAGGCCCCUGUCUCACAGCCUAAGAAGUAGUGGGGGGGAGAAGCAUGGUGAUGGGGGACGUACAUGAACUUACCUGGUGGAAUCAUUCCCUGCAAAUUAUUUGGCUCUCACAAUGACUAGUGAAAGAUCAAAUCAAACAUCAGGUAGAUUUUGAUCUGAGCUGGAUUUCCAGUGGCAGUCAGAAGGAAGGAUCUGUCCAAGGGCACUCUUGAUGAUAGAGAAUAUUCAGACUGAGUGAAAUUGAAAGUGCUGUUGGCUACUCAGUUCAGGCUGUGUUUAGGAUGAAAUAGUAUCAGAUUCCAGUAUGGAAUUCUGAAAGUUCAUUUUUUGUUUAUACUUUUAUAUAUUAAUAAUAUAUACAUAUAUGUUUUAACAUCUAACAUUACAUUUUUAUGGAAUUACCUUAAUAACAUAGAAUGCAUUACUGUAAUAGCACCAAAGCCAGCACCACACAAGUGGUCCCACUGGCUUCAUGUAUAGAAAGCAUAGUAAGAGUUUACAAUAUAAUAAAGCAAAGAGAGUGAUAUCCCUCAUUCUAUAGAUAGAGAAUUGAAGCACACAGAGAUAAGAGAUUAGCCAAGGGUCAUGCAAAACUGAUAACUCAGAUCUCUCAAGCCAGGCCUUAAGGUCAAGCCCAUCCUCCUGUCUAAUGAGCUGUUACUGCAAAGCCUAUCAUUUGUUUUCUUAAAGUGGGCUGCCAAACCAGACAGUUAAAACAUGCUUGAAAAUUCAGUACUACAGAGCUAUUUGCUUAAUAGUAGUUUUCCUAAAAUACCCGCUGCAGUAUUAUAAAUAGAGCAUAAAAAUAGACCAUUGAAAAGAAUCCUUUGUUUGGUCAGCCCUAGUGUUGCAUAGCACUCUAUUCCUGUAAUUUAAAUGAAUGGGAUAUUUGAACAUAGCACUACAAUGAAUGAAGACUUCAAACAGAAAACAGGCUGUUCUUUUCAACACUGGAGGUCAGGAAUACAUUGAGCUUUUAGUCUGAGUUUUGGUCUUUGAAACGUAUGCUUCACAUCUGCCUUUUAUAUCAGCAGAAAUUACCUACCUACAUCUAAAGGAAAAUGUGGUAGCCCUUUUGUUAUCAUAACUGAAACAACCUGAAAAUAAAACAUACCCAAAUUUUUAAGUCAUUGCACUAGACCUGAAAUGCCAACAUUUUUUACAAAAUAUAUAAAGACUAUCAAAGAUCAGAAGUGUCGUGGUUUAAAUCUGGUAUUACUGGUUUUUUUUCUUACAACACAUAGUUUCUAAUAAUUGAAAGAACAGCAAAUAGGAAAAAAGCUGGAUAGCUGAAACUUUCUAAUCAGCGGGCAUAUGUAACCCCUUAUCUCUAACAACUUGAAACUUUACUUGAAUUAAUACUGGCAGAGUUUAAUAGGAGUUACAAAUUUCUCUCCAUGAAAAAGAAUUAAAAUGUAACUUCAGACCCAGUUCUGGAGUUGUGUAAAACCAUCAUAAAAAGGUGGUCAAACCUAUCUAAAACAACAAGCAGUCCUGCAGGUAAAUCUUUGGAGUCUUGAAUAAAAAAGCAGUUUCCCAAAGAGGCGUUCUCCCACUUAUAUAUAUAUAUUUUUUUUUAAAUUUUUUAUUUAACUCUGCUUUGAUAUGUAUCCUUUGCUCUCUCUGUUUAGAACUACAGGUAAAGAGUGUGGGAAAGCAAGAAAGGUGAAGAGUAGCCAUUUUACAGUUACGUCUCAUGAAUAAGUAUAAGGAUCUAUUGUAGCACUGGAUCUAUUAUAUAACCGCAAUUAUUCAAUUAACUUUCAUAAUAUGGUAAAAAAAACAUAAUGUAUCUAUCAAAAAACUAUAAAUGCAUGUUCCUUCACAGAAGUAAAAAUAACAGAGCACACUAGGAAGCCCGCUGGCAGACUACAAAAUUAUUCUAAAUAUCUGUUCUUUAAAGGCAUUCUGAUACAAUCAAAUCUGCUUUGAAAACGGUAUUAAUUGUGAGCUUCAAAAGAUAUAUGUUUAUCAACUAGCUGGUUGAUUGUAUAUUUUGUAAAAAGAUAGUAUGGAUUUCAAAUAAUAUCUUACUUGAAAUAAAUAAUAAUUUUGUACACUCCUCAAAGUCUGUAUUCUUCAGCUGUUAAAGACAAUGCAUCUAAAGAAAAUUGAGAACUUGCCUAUUUUCCCUGUGGAUUAGUAUAAGAAUCAGUGUUUGAAAUUUUUUUACUCAAUUUCUGACACAAAUAAAUGAUAGCUAAUAAUGGAAAAAAAUUCCUGACAUCUUCUGUCUUUAUAAAAAUGCAAAAUUCUGAUUCAAGUCAGAUUUGCAUUUGACUUUGUUGAGACUAUCUGUUUCCAUUUGAUGUGCAAAACAUAAGGCUUGUGGUAAGAAUGGCUUUGCAUGAUAACAGUGUGAUCACAUCUAUAAAUUUGAAUAAUUUGGACACAGUUCUGCAACAGCCAAACUGACUGAGCUCUCCCUGUGCAUGUACCCGUGUACGUUUGAAGGCAGCUUGCACAAGUACAAAUUGCUCUUUACUCAAAGUCAGAAGUGAUAUUUGCAUGGAUGUAAUCUAGCAAGACUUGAUCCCAAGAUAGAUUAAGACCUCAAAUUCUAGAAGGCAAAACGUGAGUUUCUAAAGCAUUGAAUUAAAUCCUUGUCUUGUACAUAGUUGUAAUAUGGGAAAAAAGAAAAUUUGAUUUGAAAGUACUUGAUUUCAUUAAGUUCUGUAACAGCAGGUCAGCAGGAAACGGAGGUAAAUGCAAGGCUUUGGUGAGAAACAACAGUUUAGCAUGUUCCCAAAGGAUAAUAAACAAUUCACCUCUUCCCUUUCCAGUAUGGAAAAAAGGAAAUUAUAGGAGAAUAAAGACUGGAAAUAUUUCCCUUACGCCACAUACACAUGCUAUAAAUAUCUCCGUAUCUACACAAAGCCAAAUUUUGCUAAGGGUCACAAAAUAUUAAAUUUGACAUCAAUCAGGAGAAACAUUAGUAUGGCAAAUAGGUUUCAAAUGUUGACUACCAGAGUACAAUUAGCCCACUGAUCUCUGACUACUUGCUCUUCUACUGGCCUUUCUCUUUCUUGCUAGUGAUCAGAUGCAAAAUAUUUGUGCAAAGCAGGAAACACUCCAACAGCACAAACAGGGCAACAUGGCUUUUAGAAAGCCUAACUCAUUCCAAGGCUGAAGCUGCUUUUCCAUGUCUCGAGUUACCUGUUCAGACUGUUGUCUGCCCAAGUCUCUGGUCCUUGCUGCAACCUUGUUUUUUAGAUUAAGAAGGACUUCCCCUAGAGCAAGACUGCUUAACUCCAUGUUAGUUACUUACACGUUAGUGUAGAACCUUACAGCAGGAAAACCCUGUUAAAAUCUUUUACAAUCAGUGAUUUCCCUCAUGGAGUGGAAUACUGAAGUGUUUAUAUGGAAUAUCCACUAUGAGCGAUUCAGAAAGACAAAACAGAAAUACCGACUGAGAGUUUUCCCUCAUGUAAGGUGCAUUCACAAGAGAUCAUCACAUCUUUUCUUUCCUGUCUACAGAAUAUUUAGCACAGUUCAGCAUUUAAUCUAAAAACUAUUAAAACCCCACAGUGUGAACAUUUUUCAGGCAACCCAAUAUAUUCCUUCGGUAGCACAAAAUACUUCUUUUCUCAGACCUAAAAACCAUAUAUAUUGGUUUUCUACAGAAACAAAAAGCUACUGGGGUAGCAUUGAAUAAUAAAAAAGAGGAUAAAAUAAUGAUACAUUAUUUAAAUUUUUAUUUUGAGGUACAGUUUUAGCAUGUAUUAGGAAACAUUCCUUCUCUUUCGUUAUCUUCCUGCUGCCCCAGUUGCAAUCAGGUAGCCCUUACCGAGACCUGCAAACACUGAUUGAUUGCAGUAGCUGUAGUUUAUGUAGAGUAUCACUUCAGCUGUUCAGAGUAACAGCUUUGCGGGUUUGCCACACCUCACCAGAGCAGGGCUGUGUUGGUGCUUAGCAAAGCACUGCUCUGCAGCACAGCACGUGCAAACCCCUGAGCUCACAAAGCAGCAAAUUUUGUCCCCCCUGGAACUUGGACCCAAUGCUCCAGUGCUUACUGCGUGCACAGCACACCAUGGAUUUCACUUCAGACAGUACAAUCCAGCCCAGGAGCAGGUGCUGGCACUGCAGGGACCGGCACCCAGGCUGCCACACUGGGCAUGGACAGCACUGGCCGCCCCAGCACCCAGCCUUGCAGCAGCAGAGAGGCGUCUGAUAAACAGGAUACAGCAGAACCAGAACAAUUAGGAGUCAUUGUUCAAUUUAGCACUGUGGCAUGUCAGACACAGCAAGGUCACAGCUGAGCUUCUUCUCCCUUGCACAGCAGCAGCCAUUCACGCCUUCCUGGUGGCCUUUCAAGCAGCCGAUUGCACACAGGGCCCCUGAGCACCUUCUGCAGACCAGUGAGCUCAGCCACGGGCAGGGCGGCGGCCAAGAGGAGGCAGGUGCCCACAGAACCAGAACACAGGUUCUGGUGCCCAGGCCCACAGAACCCAGCAACAGCAUGCCAUGCACUGGGGCAGGCAGCACAGGGGAACCUGGGGGCUGGAGAGCACUUCUGCCUCCAAACAAGGCUGGCCUUUGCCCAUCUGCUGCAGACAAGGGGCAUGGGGCUGCCACAUACAGCAGCAGCUCCUACUUGACAAUUCACCGUAGCUCUACCAUGGCCAGAAGCUGAAGUGUUCAAGAUUACCAACUCCUGGUUGGAGCCGAUACAAAUGUGAAAAGCCUCCACCCUGCCCAAAGAAAAAGCCUAAAGAUACAAAGAAAACAAGAUAGAGUUGAGAGUAUGAUAAAGAUAUAAAACUGAGGCCAGGGGUGGGUGGUUGUUAUAAUUUGUUAUCACUUGUGUACUUAGGAAAGGUAACAUUUAAAGGGCAGAAGAUGUACAUGUGUGUACAGCAAGCCAUACUUGCCUUUUUUUCCAGGUACCAUGUUCCACAGAAAGCAAUGCUACUGGUUAAUCCAAGGUUUACCUUGAGCAGGGAGAGAGAAGAGGAAGGUUUGAGUAAUGACCUCAAAACAAGGGAAUGCCAUUCUGCCUCACUAUGCAGCAUCCUUCUCCAUGUUGGAAAGAAACACAAGUGGCAGAGGAAGUCUCAAGCAUGACAGAAAGGAACAUUACCCAGAAAGGGGAAUAAAACUAAACUUAGAGCUUCAAAACAAGCACACAGCUAUCCUUGU